UUUGGCAAGUUUGAACCGGAAGUGAUAAUUAACCGCAAGUAGCCAACUAGCUCUAGAGUUUGUUGUUGUUUUAACUACCACUACUGGCUAAAUGAGUUGUUAUUGUGUGUGUGGUUGAGGUGGACAGGUUCGUUCUGAGUUGUUCGCUGAUCAGUAGAAGAAGAACCAACCAACACCAGAACCGGACGGCUUCCAGUUAAAAGUGCGUCGACGUUCUGUGGCCUCGCCCAGCAGCUGCUAGCUUCUCUGCUUCGGUCCGUGAAGUGAAGAGCAGCCUGAGUCUGCUGCGCUGCUGUCAUCAGUUCAUCUAAAGGGAUGUCACUGAGGUCUGUCUGGUGAACCAUCGUGAUGGCAGGAUCCCAGUGGGAGCAUCCCCCUGAGCUAUGUUGCCGGCCCAUGGCUUUUGUAGCUUUAACGGGUCUGGAUGUGGUGUACAAUGCUGUGCAUCGAGCCAUCUGGGAUGCUUUUUGUGCCAACCGGCGUGCUGACAGAGUCCCCAUCUCUUUCAAAGUUCUCCCAGGAGACCAUGAGUAUCCCAAAUGUCGCACCAAGCGGACGUCAUAUGAGUGGUACAUCCCAAAAGGCAUCCUGAAGACUGGCUGGAUGAAUAAACAUCUGAACCUGGUCCCAGCUCUGGUGGUUUUGUUCUACGAGCUGGACUGGGACGACCCACAGUGGAAAGAGAAACAGUCGGAAUGUGCAACUAGAGUGGAAAUUGUCAGGACCAGUCUUCAGGGCAGAAACACCAAAGUGGCGGUGGUUUUAAUCCAAAAGAAAACUCCUCUACCUCCAGGAGAGGACAUGGUGGCAUCAGAGAAAGCUUCAACUCUUUGUGGCUCCUGUGAUCUGUCUGGCAAGAGCCUUUUUGUUCUGCCUCACACUGACCACUUAGUAGGCUACAUAAUAAGGUUGGAGAAUGCCUUCUAUGAACACGCUCAGACGUACUACUACACAGAGAUCCGGCGGGUCAAAUCGCAUAAAGAAUUCCUCAACAAGACUACCCACCAGCUGCUGUUUGUCAGACACCAGUUUAAAAUGGCUUUCCUCAGUGAGCUGAAACAGGACACCCAGAAUGCUCUCAAGUACUACAGAGCUGCACACAGUCUUGUGCAUGAGCUCAGAGCACAUGAGACCAACAUGUUGGAGAUCAAAACCAUGGCAGGAUUUAUCAGCUAUAAGAUCUGCCGCCUGUGUUUCCAGCAUAACACUCCUUUAGAUGCUAUAGCUCAGUUCAGGAAGCACAUUGACCUGUGUAAAAAGAAGAUCGGCAGCGCUGAACUGGCUUUUGAGCACUCUGCAUGGAUGUCAAAACAGUUCCAGUCUUUUGGCGAGCUGUUUGAUGAGGCAAUAAAGUUGGGUCUGACAGCCAUCCAGACUCAGAACCCAGGUUUCUAUUACCAGCAGGCUGCUUGUUACAGCCAGGACAGGAAGCAGAUGGCCCAGCAGCUCUGUCAGGCUGGAAUGACCUAUCCCUCCCCGGACCCACUGGACACCCAGAGUGGAGGACUGGACUUCUAUGGCCAGAGGCCUUGGAGACAAGGACACCAGAGUAUUGAUCCGACAGACCCGGAGAAGGAGAAGAUGGGGAUUCUGGCUCUGCAGAUCAAGGAGAAAGAUGUCCCACACUCUGAGCUGAUAAUAGCACUUCUCAGUAAUGCUGUGGCCCAGUUUAAGAAGUACAAGUGUCCUCGAAUGAAGAGUCACCUCAUGGUGCAGAUGGGAGAGGAAUACUACCACGCUAAAGACUACACCAAAGCCUUGAAGCUGCUGGACUACGUGAUGUGUGACUAUCGCACAGAACGGUGGUGGCCUCUGCUGACGGCUAUAUUGACCACAGCUCUGCGCUGUGCUUAUCUGAUGGCCAGCGUCAAAGACUACAUCAUCUACUGCAUGGAGCUGCUGGGCAGAGCUUCUACCCUGAAGGAGGAGCAGAAGUCAAGGAUAGAGAAGAACCUCUUCAAAGUCUUAAUGAACAACGUUCCUGAGGCUGAGUCUGAAUGUGAUCCAUCUUCUGUCAGCGCUGCCAGGUCCCUGUGGAGCGACCGCAUGGCUUUGUCCGGAUCAAAUGAACUGACGGUGGAGAUGCAGGACUACAUCCCAUUCAUUCAGUGCAAAGCCCGGUUCCAGUCUCCCAGCUUCCAUGUGGACCAGCCCAUCCAGCUGCAGGUGUUCCUCCGAGCAGACUGUCCCCACCCUGUGUCAUUCAGCAAGCUCACCGUCAGCCUCAGCAACCAGGAAUACAACCAAUGGUGUGUGGCGGAGUCAUCAGGUGAGGAGAGCAUGACACUGUUACCAGGAAAGCCCAAACUCUACAACUUCAGCUUUGUGGCUAAAACUGAGGACGUCGGUAAGAAAGUGGAGAUGACAGGCGUGGAAAUGAUGCUGGGCAGCGACAGUGGCCGCUGUGUGUUUCUGAGCUGGAGAGGCGCCGGUGGAGAUGCUGCCUCCACCCAAGAAGCCCUGCAGGCUAGCAGGUCGUCACGGCGAUGGAGCCGUGGCACCGAAGCACGUCAGGAGUUAGACUGGGAUAGUUUGACGCUGCAGCACAGCACCAUGAUCAUCUCCAGAGUCCCGAAGAUUUGUGUCCAGCUGAGCCAUCAGCCUCCUGUACUCACCAAUGAGAUGUACUGCAUCAUUCUCACUGUCCAAUCACAGGAGGAGGCUGUAGCAAAAGAUGUGAAACUAACUGCUGGUCUCAAACCAGGCCAGGAGGCUGGUCUGGGACAGACCACCCAUGUGACGCUUGACGGGUCAAGUGUGUGUGAUGACAACGCACCUGCUCUGCUCACUGAUUUGCCUCUGGGAGAUCUGAAACCAGGAGAAAAGUUGGAGAAAUGUGUGUAUAUGAGGUGUGUGUCGACUGGACCAAGGGUCUUCUUGUUCCAUGUGGCCUACAGCAUUGAUACAGCCGUGGAAGGACGACAUAUUGUGUGCAAAUGUCAUAAGGAUGAGACUGUGUCUGUAGAGACGGUGGUCCCAUUUGAAGUAUCUGUCAAGUUUGUAUCAACUAAGUUCGAGCCCUUAGAGCGGGUAGCAGUGGACAUUCCCUUCCUGCUGAUGACAGACAUCCUCUCGUCUUCACCGUGGCCUCUUCUGCUGAGCUCCUCUUCUCUGCAGCUGCUGACGAUAACCAGCAACACAGCACAACUUCAGUCACAGCUGCAGCAAGUGGUCCUGCAGACGGGUGAAAGUGCCAGCGAGUGUUUCUGCCUUCGGUGUCCACCAGGCACUAACAGCAAUAACACCGUGGCUACAGGACAAUACGUCAUAUCAUGGAGGAGAAAGUCUUCCAGUGCAGACGGCCCACUCAUCCAGACUACAGCCACCCUACCUCAUGUCAUCCUGGAAUCUGUCCCUCUUUACGUCUACGCUGAUUUGCCUUCGUUUGGCCGAGUCAGAGAGUCUCUUCCAGUCCGCUAUCACAUAGAUAACAGAACCGCUCAGGUGCAGGAAGUGGAGAUAGCUGUUGAUCCAUCAGAUGCCUUCAUGUUCUCGGGACUCAAACAGGUGCAUCUCCGUGUCCUCCCCGGCACAGAGCAGCAAAUGCUGUAUAAUUAUUACCCACUGAUGGCUGGUUACCAGACACUACCACAGCUCAACAUCAGCCUGCCACAAUGUCCCACCUCCAGCAGCCCUGCACUCAGACGCUUCCUGCCUCAGCGGAUCUUUGUAAAGCCUCAGGGUCGACAGCCAGACGACGCCUCCAUCACUGCAGCCUGAGGCGGAAAUAAGACUGUUUACUGUAAAUACGACAAGGCAACAUUGUGUAUGUUCUUUUAGAUGUAUCAUUCCACAGUCAUUAUUAACACUAUUUGUUACUCUAAAAAUGCACCAUCUGUUGACCAAACAUCUGGAGAUUUGUUUCCAGCGAGUCAAAGUGACGACAUGAAGCUGAAACAUGAACUGGAGCUUAUUUAGCCAUGAAAAUCCUGGAUGAAUCUGAUGUGGGGAGAGUGUAAUCCAUGACUUGAAUGUGUUGAAGGAUUGAUUAUACUGAAGUAAUGUCAAUUUGCUGUGUCUUAUUUUUGCAUGUUUGCAGAAUCCUUAACUGUGAAAAUGUGAUGCAGUUAAAGAUACGGCGAGGGAAAUAAAUCGUUAACACAUCCAUGUUUUUAUCAGGACAUGUAUUUCUAAUAGGCUAAGGUGUUCUUCUGCUCCAUGGUCCAACACGAACUAGCUUCAUAUUCUGAAGGACCGUUCGGUCUCUUCUCUGCACUCUGAUCUUCAGGUCAUAGAGUUUCAGCUGGAUUCCUGUCGGAUCAUUGAGCGGGUCGUUAUAACAGCUUUAUUUUCUUAAUCUGAAAACAGCUGGAAGUUUCUUUCAGUGUGUGUUUGGGAUUAUUGUCUUGCUUGUCUUCAGAUAUUUAUCAGGAAUGUCCCUCCAUUCAUCCUUCCUUUUAAAUAUAUGAAGUCUGCCAUACGGUAAAAAAACCAGCCCUAUACCAUGAUGUCCCCACCCACCCACUAUUUUUUGGGGGGAUGUGCAGCACCGUUUCUCAACCAAACAAGGUGUGUGUAAUGGAGUUAAACCUCUGUCUCAUCUGACCAGACUAUGUUCCAUUAACUGGUCCAAAUGUUUUGCAGCAAACUUUAAAUGAAACUUCAGCUUCUGAUUCAUUUAUAUGACUCUUCUGUCAGAACUCUUAUGAGGAGCACCUGUCCAUGGCUGGUUUAUGGUGAAAUGUACAACUUCUACCUUUGGAUUUCAGCCCAAACUGAGCUCCCUAGAAGAUUAAGCAGUUGUAUUAACAUGUCUGGAACUAGCAGCACUGUGGUAAUGAGAACCUUUUUAUAGGCCAUUAAUUGGGACUAAACUCUCUGAUAUUAAUUUGCACUGAUAGGGACCUGUAUGGAUUUGUAAAUUCUGACAAAUUUUAGCUGCUUUCUUGGCUUUCUAAACAGGUUCUAUGCUUCUUAUGUUUAAUACUUCUCUGUUUCAUUGCACAUUAUAACAAUCUAUGGACUUAUUUGAGAUUUCUUUGUAUGUGUGAAAUAUCUGAGCUAAAAUUGACAUCUGCUUUGAAUUUCUUGUAAAUAAGAACAUUAGAAAAAUG